AUGAUGCUCAAAGCAGAAAAGGAGCCAUCCAGAAGGCGGCAACUCAUUGGAAUUCUGAUAAUUGGACUUGUAUUGCUAACCACUGGAUGUCUUUACAAACCGCUUCCCGAAGGAUUUACGAUUACUAAAUGGGAUCGAGUCGUGAUGCAUGUCGUUGAGCCGGCACUCCGAGUUGCAUAUUAUUACCCGAGCCGAAUGUUCUCGAAAGCCAGCGACAUGAUCUUCUGGACACGUGAAACACUGAACGUUCUCACCAAGACUCUGGGAAUCUUCACAACCAAUGAUCAACUAGAAAUCAAAUGGCACAAUUGGAAUGGAACACCCAACCACCCCGACGGAGCUGUGAUAUUCAUCCAUGGAGGUGGAUUUGCACUUGGCAACGUGGAUAUGUAUGAUUCGUUGAUUGGAAGAUUAACGGUUGAGAUGAAAACAUUGUUCAUUUCCAUCGAGUAUCGCCUAUCCCCAGAAACUGUAUUUCCUGGAGGAAUCAUGGAUUGUGAAGCAGCCAUCGACCACUUCUUCAAGUAUGCACCAAGACAAUUUGGAGUCAACACUUCGAAAAUUGUCAUUAUGGGAGAUUCAGCCGGUGGGAACUUGGCUACAGUAAUCACACAAAGACGGGCAGCACGUCAAGCUUCACCAAAAUUGGCUGGCCAAGUUCUGAUCUAUCCACUUCUUCAAAUGGCUGACAUGCAAUCUAUUUCGUACCGAUACUUUCGUUCCAGACUACAAGGAUAUGCUCUUGUGGAUCCAGAAUCUGUGGCUUUUUAUUACAUGUUUUAUGCUGGAAUUGAUAUGGAUGAGAAGGCUUAUUUGGUUCCGAGUGUGACUUCCAAUGGACAUAUUCCAAGACGUCUCAGACCUCAUGUUCAGAAGAUGCUCUCCCAUAAAUCUGUCAUCGAGUCGGUCCACAACUAUAAGAAUCACAGUGUCUCUGAGAUUUCAGAAGUAGAAUGGAGUGUUGAGGCACAAGAGUUGCUGGAGCCGUUUUUGGCAAAUCCAGACUUUUCGCCGUUGAUGAGAGAGGACUUGUCGAAUCUCCCUCCGACGAUGGUUAUCACAUGCGAAUUUGAUAUUUUGAGGGACGAAGGACUCAUUUAUGCGCAUAGAUUAAAGACAUCCGGCGUCCUAACAAAAGCAAUCCACUAUGAAAACGGUUUCCACGCAAUGCUCAACUUCCACAGCGAACUCCACGAAGCCACAAAAGCAGUGAACGACAUUGAACAAUGGACACUUGAAACAAUUGCUCAUGCCUGA